AUGACCAGGCGACGGGGACGGCAAGCACCGGGCGACCGCGAGCACCGGGCGAUGGCAAACAGGCGACGGCGGCGGAAAGCAUUGGGCGACGGCGACCAGGCGGCUGCAAGCACCGGACGACGGCCACCAGGCGGUGGCGGCGGCGGCGAAAAGCACCAGGUGACGGCGACCAGGCGGCGGCGGCGGCAAGCACCGGGCGACGGCGACCAGGCGGCGGCGGCGGCAAGCAAAGGACGACGGCGACCAGGCGGCGGCGGCGGCAAGCAAAGGACGACGGCGACCAGGCGGCGGCAAGCAAAGGACGACGGCAGCCAGGCGGCGCCGGCGUCAAGCACCGGACGAUGGCGACCAGGCGGCGACCAGGCGGCGGCGGCGGCAAGCACCGAGCGACGGCGAAUAAGCGGUGACGGCGGCAAGCAAUUGACGAUGGCGACCAGACGGCGGCGGCGGCAAGGACCGGACGAUGGCGGCCAGGCGGCGGCAAGCACUGGACGACGGCGACCAGACGACAGCGGCGCCAAGCACUGGACGACGGAGACCAGGCGGCGAAGGCGGCAAGCAAAGGACGACGGCGGCCAGGCGGAGGCGGCGGCGGCGGCAAGCACCGGACGACGGCGGCCAGGCGGCGGCAAGCACCAGACGACGGCGACCAGACGACAGCGGCGGCAAGCACUGGACGACGGAGACCAGACGGCGAAGGCGGAAAGCAAAAGACGACGGCGGCCAGGCGGCGGCGGCGGCGGCAAGCACUGGACGAUGGUGACCAGGCGGCGAAGGCGGCAAGCAAAAGACGACGGCGGCCAGGCGGCGGCGGCGGCAAGCACUGGACGAUGGUGA